GGUGUGCCCAUCAGAGUGCCCCCUUACAUCAGGUGUUCCCAUCAGAGUGCCCCUUUACAUCAGGUGUCGCUCAUCAGUGUGCCCCCUUACAUCAGGUGUCGCCAUCAGAGUGCCCCUUUACAUCAGGUGUGCCCAUCAGAGUGCCCCUUUACAUCAGGUGUGCCCAUCAGAGUGCCCCUUUACAUCAGGUGUGUCCAUCAGAGUGCCCCUUUACAUCAGGUAUCCCCAUCACAUCAGGUAUCCCCAUCACAGUGCCACUUUACAUCAGGUAUUCCCAUCAGAGUACCCCCUUACACUCAAAGUACCCCUUUCCAUCACAUUUCCAUAUCAGAGUGCCCCUUUCCACAGUAUGUGCCCAUCAGAGUGCCCUUUAACAUAAAAUGUAUCCAUCAGAGUGCUCCUUAAUAUAAAAUGUAUCCAUCAGAGUACCCCUUAACAUAA